AUGGAGAUAGACGGUGGGUUCGGCCGUCAAGUAAACCAGAAACGCGACGAUGCUGCCGAUCGCGUCCAAAAAGUCUUCCAGACUUUCCUUCACGAAUUCACCGAAGACGGAGACGAGCUCGAAGAGUUCAAGAAAUACAAGGAUCAUGCGCAAGAUAUGAUCUCGCCCGAGAAACACACCUUCCAAAUCGACAUGAAAGACAUUAUGGCCUGGUCGCAGCCGAUCGCGGAUAGAAUCAAGGAAGACUUCUACAGAUUGUAUCCCUACUUGUGCCGUGCUGUGAAGAACUUCUGUAUCGAUACUUUUGCUGAUUUCAAUAAAAAGAAAGACUUGUUCGUCGCGUUUACUUCGGUGGAAGACGAAUGCACAAUCAGAUCCCUUCAGACAGACAAAAUCGGCACCUUGCUGCGAAUCAAGGGCCAAGUGGUACGAACCCAUCCUGUUCAUCCUGAAUUGAUUUAUGGAUGCUUUACUUGCAAUGACUGUUCGAUGAAGUGUCCUGCUAUCGAGCAACAAUUCAAAUACGAGCAGCCACAAGUCUGCGUGAAUCCAAACUGCGGCAAUAGAUCGCGUUUUACGCUGGAUACGCACACUUCCAAAUUCUGCGAUUUCCAAAAAGUACGAAUUCAAGAGACGCCAAACGAGCUUCCCCGUGGCGCAGUUCCGCGAACAUUUGAGGUGAUUAUCCGAGGAGAUGCGGUCGAAGUCGCGCAGCCGGGUGAUCUGGCCGAGUUUGUCGGGACAUUGGUCGUUGUUCCCGACGUAGCCGCAAUGAUGGGUCCUUCUGUUCAACAAGAUGCGAGGAGAAAUCGAGGAGGAGAUGCCGCUGAAGGUGUCACUGGUCUCAAAGAGCUUGGUGUGCGCGAUCUCAACUACAGACUCGUAUUCCUGGCCUACCACGUCACUGGAUCAGGCAAUCGCAGCGAGGCGACUCCAGAAAUGGCCCGAUUGACAAUGAGCCAGCAAGACUGGACGCUAGUCACCAGGAUGAGCGCCGAUCCAAAGAUUUACUCGAACCUUUGUGACUCAAUCUUCCCUCAUGUUCAUGGAAGCGAAGAAAUCAAAAAGGGAUUAAUUCUCAUGCUCGCCGGUGGCGUGGCGAAACACACUUCAGAAGGAACCGCGCUAAGAGGAGAUAUCAAUGUGGCGAUUAUUGGUGAUCCAUCGCUCGGAAAAAGUCAGUUCUUGAGGAAUAUCUCCGAUCUCAUGCCACGAUCUGUGUAUACGUCGGGUAAAGCUUCAUCUGCGGCUGGUUUGACUGCAGCUGUGGUCAAAGAUGAUGAAACAGGAGAAUCCGUUAUUGAGGCUGGCGCGUUAAUGCUUGCUGAUGGAGGAAUCUGCUGCAUCGAUGAGUUCGAUAAGAUGGACAUAAAAGAUCAGGUUGCGAUCCACGAAGCGAUGGAACAGCAAACGAUAUCGAUUUGCAAAGCUGGAGUUAAAGCUACGCUUAAUUCAAGAACAUCUGUACUAGCAGCAGCGAACCCGAUCGGCGGCCGUUACGAUCGUACAAAAUCCUUGAGACAGAACAUCUCGCUAUCGGCGCCAAUUAUGUCCCGAUUCGAUCUAUUUUUUGUUCUUGUGGACGAGUUGAAUGAGAUCACAGAUUAUGCUGUAGCUAAUAAAAUCGUCGGCAUGCAUGCCAAUCAAGCUGCCACGGCAGCGAUCAGACCAUACAGUGUCGAAGAUGUCUUGAAAUAUUUAAUGUUCUGCAAAGUAUUCAAGCCGAAAAUGUCCAAGGAUUCGACAGAAUACGUCGUCAACGAGUACAAGACGAUGCGAGACAGAGAUGCUCAAGGAUCAGCCCGCUCAGCAUGGAGAAUUACAGUCAGACAGUUGGAGUCGCUCAUUCGACUUUCCGAAGCCUGCGCUAGACUUCAUUGUCUUGAGGUCGUCGAGCCAAAGCAUGUCGAAGAGGCUGCAAGGCUUUUGAAAAAGUCUAUUAUUCGGGUUGAAAUUCCAGACAUCAACUUGGGAAUGGCUGCAGAUGCUCCAAAGGAGCAAGAUGAGAUGGAAGCAGAAGGCGAAGGAAAUAAUGAUGACGCCAUUACGAUCUCAUGGGAAGAGUAUCAACGCUUGGCCAAUCUCUUUGUCCAUAAGGUCAGGAAAGAAGAAGAAAUUGCUGAAUCUGAAGGCGAAGAAGGCGGUGUAACUAGAAAGAAGUUGCUCGACUGGUAUUUGGAUACAGUUGCAGAGGAUUGUGAUGACGAGAGCGCGUUCCACAAAUACGACACUAUGGCGCAACGAGUACUCGAAAGACUUAUCCAUGGCGAUAACAUUCUUAUCGAGUUGAAAGAUAUGGGUGGGAACGACGAAGACGCUAUUCUUGUUGUUCAUCCUAACUACAACCCUGAAGAAGCCGUCUCUGGCAAACAGAUCGCGGGGUCUCCAACGAAAGCCUCACAAGCAACUGCGAUGGAGUAA